GAAUAACAAGCAUCACAAAAUAAUAAAAAUUCAGAGCCUAAUUUCUGAAACCACACCCGCAGAUACCUCUGAAAUUCCCAGUCGUGGGAUACGUCGCUUGACACGCACACAGAUACAACACGCUCUCUAUAAAUCUCUCUCACCGCCACCGGGCACCAGCUACACCACUCCAUCUGCUCCUAAUCUCUCUCUGUUUCUCUAAUUACACCUUUCAAUUUCUAUUUAGGACCAUCAGUUCUUUUAAUCGUGAUUUAACAACUUUGGGUUCCAAGUUCUCAGAGCUGAAGAAAAAUGGAAGCAGCCGCCACAGCCAGUGUCCUCCCCUCUUCAGUCGCUGCUUUUCGGCCUUCGAAUUCAGUCGGAAGGUCCGCUCUUUUGAGGCCCAGCGGCCCCAAAUUUCUACCUUUGGGACCUCUGGCUACCCAAUCCCACUCCCCAAUCAAGCAUCAGUUGUCAAACUCACCUGGAAGAUUGGGUAUUGGGAGAAGGAGAUGCUUGGUAGUUAGGGCAGCAUCUUCAUCUCCUCCGGACUCUGCUGGUCCUAGUGGUCCAAUCGCUCCGCUUCAGCUGGAGUCUCCGAUUGGGCAGUUCCUAUCGCAGAUGAUGAUAAGCCACCCUCAUCUCGUGCCUACUGCUGUUGAGCAGCAGCUUGAGCAACUCCAAACCGACCGCGAUGCUGAGCAGAACAAGGAUGAGGCUUCUGCCUCCGGCACUGAUCUUGUUUUAUACAGGAGAAUUGCGGAGGUUAAAGCCAAUGAAAGGAAGAAGGCUCUUGAAGAGAUAUUAUAUGCGCUGGUGGUGCAGAAAUUCAUGGAUGCCAAUGUUUCUUUGGUGCCCUCUAUUGCCCCUGCUGGUUCAGACCCUUCUGGACGAGUUGAUGCGUGGCCGAGUCAGGAUGACAAGCUCCAACGGUUGCAUUCUCCUGAAGCUUACGAGAUGAUCCAGAACCAUCUGUCUCUCAUCCUAGGAAAUCGGUUGGAUGACUUGACCUCGUUAGCACAGAUCAGCAAGCUCAAAGUGGGGCAAGUUUAUGCAGCAUCUGUAAUGUAUGGGUACUUCCUCAAGCGGGUUGAUCAGAGGUUUCAGCUUGAGAAGACGAUGAAGAUCCUUCCAGGUUCACUGGGUGGAGAAGACAGUGAUAUUCAAAAAGCCGUGGGUGAGGACAAGAAACCUGGUGGUGUUGAUGAUUCUUUGAAUGCAGCAGCUUCCCAUCCUGAAGUAUCUUCGUGGUCUGGGGGCAUGGGUUCUGGAGCUUUUGGUAACAUUGUCAAACCUUCCCGCUUGAGAACUUAUGUGAUGUCUGUUGAUUCAGAGACCCUUCAAAGAUAUGCAACAAUCAGAUCGAGAGAGGCUGUUAGCAUCAUUGAAAAGCACACCGAGGCAUUGUUUGGACGACCUGAUAUUGUUAUAACACCUCAAGGGACUGUUGAUUCUUCCAACGACGAACACAUCAAAAUCAGCUUUGGUGGUUUGAAGAGACUUGUCCUGGAAGCUGUGACGUUCGGUUCUUUCCUUUGGGAUGUUGAGAGCUACGUGGAUUCCAGGUACCAUUUUGUUACGAAUUGAGCGAAGUCGAGCAAAGAGUUAAGAACACGCCGUAGUGCAACUACAUAGGUGGUGGAUGCAUAACUGAACUGACCUACUUGAAAAUGGGAUGGUUGAAGUCUCAGAAUUUAGUGAAGAUACCAUGUAUUUGGUGCUCUGUAUAUAACAUGUUUAAGAUUUAGUCUUUGUCCCAGGUGUUGGGUGGUAGUUCAGGACUUAAUUACAUUCCACGUUUAAGUGUGGCAAGUCUAUUGUUCAGCAAGAUUGAUUUGUUUCUUUAGAUGAACAGCUUUUUCUUUCA